AUGCCAGCUACAUACCCCGAGCUGAAAGGCAAGGUCGCCCUCAUCACUGGCUCGAGCCGCGGGAUAGGGAAAGAAUACGCUCUCGCACUGGGCGCGCAGGGCGUCAACGUCGUCAUCAACUACCACUCCUCAGCCGAGACGGCAGCCGCGGUCGUUGAUGCCGUGAAGCAGGCCGGCGGUGACGCUAUCGCGGUGCAAGGCAAUGUCAGCAACGUGUCCGAUAUCGCUGCCUUAUUCGAACAAGCAAAGAAACAUUUUGGCAAGAUUGACAUCGUCAUUUCCAAUGCUGGAGUAGAGCAUUUCAGUGAUUUGGACAAGACGACCGAGGACGACUUCGACCGGACAUUCGGUACCAACAUCCGUGCGCAGUUUUUCGUCGCCCAGCAAGCAUACCGACAUGUGACGCACAAUGGGGGAAGGGUGAUUCUCACAAGCUCGAUCAGCAAGGAGAUGAGCAUCCCCAGGCAUUCGGUGUAUGCGAGCAGCAAAGGAGCUGUGGAGGUCAUGGUUCGGAAUAUGAAGGCCGACUUCGGUCCGUUGGGAGUGACGAUUAACGCUGUUGCGCCUGGGGGGACGAUGACGGACAUGGCAGCGCAGUCGGCAAGGGACUACAUUCCUGGUGGAAAGGACAAGACAGAUGCGGAGAUUCUCGCAUUAAUAAAGCGUAUGUCGCCCCUUGGCAGACCUGGAUACGCCAAGGAUAUCUCUAAUGCGGUCUUGUUCCUGGUGAGCGAUGAGGCCGGAUGGAUCAAUGGGCAGACGAUCCAGGUUUCGGGUUGA